AAACAUCGUCAUUCUCUCGACAAGAUCCGGACGACAAUGCUGGACAAGGAAGACAGGACGAGAAUGGUCCCCAAGAGCUCAAGCCAGACGAAGACGCUCCUGGCCGCCAUGGAGGAGGAGAGGGCGAGUACAGCCAACCGGCGCUUCCUCUGCAAGGACGACGCCUCCUCCGUCUCCAACCCCUCCUUCCGCGUCUACUACGGCGUCGCCUCCGCGGGGUCGGUGCCAUUCAUGUGGGAGUCCGCGCCGGGCACUCCCAAGCACGCCAUGUCCAGCGCCACCCUCCCGCCCCUCACCCCGCCGCCGUCCUACUACAAGGGCGCGGCCAAGACCAAGUUCGCCAAAUCCCAGUCCUCCAAGAAGCUGCUCUCGUCCAAGCCGCCUAGCAGCUUCGUGCAGAGCAUCCUCCCCAAGCUGCGCAGGAGCCAUACCAUGCCCGUGCCGUCGCGGUCACCGUCGGCGCCGGCGCCGGCGCCGCCCAGAGAGAGCGCGCAGGUGCAGUGUGCCCGGAGCCGGGGGAACCGGCUGCUGCUCGCGAGCCCGCGGUCGUCCUUCUCGUCCAACUCAAGGGGAGACGACGACAACGACGACGAAGAUGCUGGUGCGGCCGCGACGGCGUCGCCGACGUCCACGCUUUGCUUCCGGACCCGGCACUCCCGCAGGGGCACCGGCAGGCUGCACGGGCUUCUAGCGUCCGUGGUCGGAGGAGGGCAAGGUACCGCUGCCUCCUGAUGAUUGAUUAAAACGAAGUUGGGUUGGAUCUUCCAGUUCUUUGGUCUUGGUCACAUCUAUCGAUCUUGGUAGUGUGCUCUGCUAUGGUCGUGCAGUGCGCGACCUAGUCUUGUACACUUAAUUACGAGAUUGAUGAGGGUUUUGUCCUUUACAUACAUGACAUAUGGAGAUGAACAAUACUCCUAUAUAGUAAGGUGUGUAGUGUUUGUAGUAGGAUGGACCCUAAGUACUGUACGUGGUUCUUUUUGUUCGUGCUGAAGCCAAAAAAUAUGUGGAUCCUAUA